CAAAAUUUUAUGUUGCGAGAAAUAUCAUAGAAUUUUCUCAGAAAUCACUAAUUCCUCGCCAUGGACGACGCAGACGACGUGUUUAGAUACGUGUACAGUUCGUCGCUGGACAAUCGGGUUUGUGUUAAAGUGGGAACUUUUGAGGGUUUCCAGCACAAGCCGUGCUAUGAGAAGCUGCUGGAGGACCCAAUGUUGCGUUUCUCGGGCUUAUACACCGAAUCCUGCGCCUCGCUAAUGGUGCGACUGCAGCUGUUCAACAAGGGAAAGCCCUACGGAGUCGCCGUGACGACGUCAUUUAAAGCAUUCACAAAGCGAUGGAACUGGAACGAAUGGGUGACGCUGCCGAUGGAGAUGAGGGAUAUUCCACGUACGGCUGUACUCACGUUCACGAUACUAGACUACGCGGGUCCUGGACGAACCGUCAAUGUGGCAGGCACGUCGAUCUCACUGUUCGGAAAGAACGGUCUCCUGCGACAGGGAGUGUAUGAUCUUCGCCUCUGGCCGGAUGUCGCAGGCGAUGGGAACGUUCCCAGCAGCACUCCAGGCAAGGGAAAGGACGCUAGCAAAAAUCAAAUGCAGAGAUUGGCCAAGUUGGCUAAGCGCCAUCGGAAUGGACAGAUGCAGAAGGUUGACUGGCUCGAUAGACUCACAUUCCGGGAGAUUGAAGUGAUAAAUGAGAAGGAGAAGCGCCAGUCGGACUAUAUGUACUUAAUGGUGGAAUUUCCUUCGGUUUUUGUCGACGAGAAACCGUGCUCCAUUGUUUAUUUUGAGCCUGACGGCGACCAGAAGUACACAUUUAUCUCCAAGCCCAAAUUAGUGACAGUUCCUGAUCCUGAGAUUCUUUUAGAUAACUUAGUGGAAAAGAAGCAUCACUUGCUGUCGCGUUCAGCGCGGUCAGGCCUAUCGGAUCGGGAUGCAAAGCCCACAGCAGGUGACCGUGAUAUUCUCCACACGAUUGUCUAUCGCUAUCCGCCGACAUACACGCUGUCGAGCGAGGAGCAGGACUUGGUGUGGAAGUUCCGGUUCUAUCUGAGCAGCCACAAGAAGGCGCUCACGAAGUUUCUCAAGUGCAUCAACUGGGAGACAGUGGCUGAGGUGAGACAGGCGCUGGGACUAUUGGCUCACUGGACGCCAAUGGACGUGGAGGAUGCCCUCGAGCUGCUGACGCCCACAUUCUCUCAUCCGGCUGUGCGAAAGUAUGCUAUCACGAGGCUGAAGCAGGCGCCCGAUGAGGACCUGCUGCUGUAUCUCCUGCAGCUGGUGCAGGCGCUCAAGUAUGAGAACUUCGAUGAGAUUUUCGAAAUUUACCGGAAGAUCAUGCCCGAGAAGGAGAUCAUGAAGUCAAUUGACGACAAUCCGUGUGACUCGACGUCUGAAUCGACUGGAAGUCCGGAGACAUUUGCCGACAGAAGCGUUCAGAGCGUCACGUCUGUGGAUUUGCCGGGACAAAUGGAUGAAAUACUGGCGCAAACAUCCCACGAGGGAGCCCACAAUUCCUCAUCGGAGAUAUCGGAGGCUUCAAAUACGCUGAUGAGUGAUACAAAUUCCAGCUCGAAAUGCAACUUGGCCUCCUUCCUCAUCCAACGCGCCUGUCGCAAUCCCACCUUGGCGAACUACUUCUUCUGGUAUCUCACGGUGGAGUGUGAGGAUCACAAUCACAUCCUGCGGAAGCAGGAUGAGAAAGUGAGAGAGAUGUAUAUGACGGUGCUGAAGACAUUCAUGAGAUCCCUCUCGACGGGGAGUACGGAAUUGCGGACGAUUCAUACGAAUCUCAAGAAGCAGCAGUGCUUCAUUGAGAAACUAGUGAAGCUGGUGAAGAUGGUGGCCAAGGAGUCGGGCAAUCGCAAGAAGAAGACGGAAAAGUUUCAGCAACUGCUAGGCGACACGGAUGCCUUCAAAAUCAACUUUGCCAGCUUCGAAGCAAGACCCUUUCCGCUGGAUCCGGAGGUCUUCAUCAAGGGUAUCGUGUUUCAGAAUGUCACUCUCUUCAAGAGUGCUCUGAUGCCAGCAAAGCUCACUUUCAUCACAACAGCCAAUGAAGAUUACGUGGCGAUAUUCAAGCACGGUGACGAUUUACGGCAGGAUCAGUUGAUUCUGCAGAUGAUCACGCUCAUGGACAAGUUGCUGCGUCGGGAGAAUCUCGAUUUGAAGCUGACGCCGUACAGAGUGCUGGCCACGAGUGCCAGGCACGGCUUCAUGCAGUACAUCGACUCAAUCACGGUGGCGGAUGUGAUUGCCAAUGAGGGUGGCAUCCACAGCUACUUCCGCAAGCAUCACCCCUGCGAGACGGGCCCCUUCGGCUUCGCCUCUGAGAUCAUGGACACAUACAUCAAGAGCUGUGCCGGAUACUGCGUCAUCACGUAUCUGCUGGGCGUGGGCGAUCGUCAUCUGGACAAUUUGCUGCUGACGACAUCGGGCAAGCUCUUUCACAUUGACUUUGGUUACAUCCUCGGUCGCGAUCCCAAGCCCAUGCCGCCGCCCAUGAAGCUGAGCCGAGAGAUGGUGGAGGCGAUGGGUGGCGUGAAUUCUGAGUAUCACCAUGAGUUCCGCAAGCUGUGCUACACCGCAUUCCUUCACUUGCGACGCCACGCCAAUCUCAUGCUGAACCUCUUCUCUCUCAUGGUGGACGCCUCAGUGCCGGACAUCGCCCUGGAGCCCGACAAGGCUGUGAAGAAGGUGGAGGACAAUCUCAGGCUGGGAUUGAAUGACGAAGAGGCUGUUCAGCAUUUACAGGGGCUCCUCGACUUCUCCAUUUCCGCCGUGAUGCCAGCUCUCGUUGAACAAAUUCACAAAUUAGCCCAAUAUCUGCGGAAGUAGAAUGU